AUGUACAGGGGUCAUAUCAUUGAGGCGACAAAGUCUGUCUACGCCGUUCGGUGUGAGCCGCGAAGACUGACGCGGGCCUGGCGGGGCGGCGCGUGCGGCAGCUGCGGCGGCGGCAGGUGCUCGCGCAGCCGCCGGAAGGCCGCACAAAAACGCGCGCACCUGGGCCCUACCCACUUGCACAAUGCCCCCGCCAUAAGGGCCCUUGCACACGCUAAA